AUGGGGCAACGGGAUGCAUUAUGUUACAUGUGUGCCCUACGAAUGUCUAUCAUGUACCAGGCACCACCCCCAGCACCACCGUCACGGCUACGCUUGCCCCAAACUGAGGGCGUUGAGGGGACGAUUCACGACGAUGGGGCACCGUUUGUGGAUGAGGCAUACCACCCACACUUUUCUAUUGUAUACGAGACGCCAAGAAGUGCCUUGCGGUUUUUUGAUGCGGAGACCGGAGACAAAUUGGAUGUGAUUGCGUGUCAAAAUUUGCCUUUUCUUUGCUGUGCGUGCUUGGGGCUGUAUCAGUUCAUGGAUUACAUCCAUGCUCCCGCUGUAGCUGCAGCUAUUCGCACAAGUCCAUACAUCGAUUCGGAUCGUCUUUCCGUCAACGUGAAUGUGCACCGCUCCAUGUCUUUCUUGUGGCUGAUGGUGUCUACCGUGUUUUACGGUGUUCACGGACGUGAGGGUGCUCUGCCCAAUCCUUUUGCUGUGAUACCUGAGGAACACUGUAACUUUAAGGACUUCUUUAUGAGUGAUUUGCGGGCCCGCAUUCUUCAAUACACCACGUAUUCUCACGCGGAGUUGAAAGAUAGAAAAACACCCGUAGGGUAUGAAAUAUAUCUAAGAGAGAUUGCGCGUCGCUCCAAGAAUGCGGUUAUUGGGACACAGCCACAAACUAUUCAAGCAUUCAUAUAUAGUCCAGAGAACGAGGGGGUCAUUGUGGACAUUUGUUCCGAGCACCAUCGUGUGAAGGAUCUCGCAGGUGGGGAUGUGGUUCCGCCACAGUACUGUAGUAAUCGCUGCGAUGGUGUUAUAAACUACGGCGUCCUGUACGAAUAUGUGCAACCCUAUCUAGAAAAAAUUGGAUGGUGGGUUAAUGACGGAGCUGCAGGGGGUCAGUUAAAGCACUUUGUGGUAGAGGGGACUGCAACAAUUGCAUUUAAUUUGCAGCACUCUAAUAUCAUGCUGAUAGGCAACUACCGCAAGAUGAAACGGGAUCUCUCUCAGUCGCCAUGGUUUGCCUAUGGCGAGCGCGUCGGCGCAUUUUCUUUACAGGAGAUAAUUGCAAAUCCAAUACUGCCUUUUUUCUUUCCCGAGGGUGUCGCGUCGGUACCGUGGAUGGCCGAGGCAAACGAGAGCACUGUACAGAUUGAAAAGAGAUCGAGAUGCGAACGGGUGAGUGCGGACCAACAGCACCUCGAGGAGCAGAGGGUCAACCCGCAGCAAAUGGCUGCGCAGCGUGUGUUUGGUUUUGGACGCUACAAGUUCCACAGUGCCGGCCGUGAAGACGUGGAUGUGCGCAUGCUUGGAAGUGGGAGACCUUUUGUACUGGAGAUCAUUUCACCCAGUCGUCAACGGGUCACACCGCACGAUCUUGCUGUUUUCGAGGAGGCAGUAAACAAAAGCGAGAAGGGUAGUGUGGAGAUUUCGGAUUUGCGUGUCACAGACGCCGACAUUACCGUGAGGUUGGCACGGCAUUCACAGAGUAAAGUGAAGAAGUACCGCUGUGUUGUCUGGUGCAGCAGAGCUAUUGUAGACCCCGAGCAUGACGACUACUUUCAGGCUGUGAAUGCCGUGAAAGAUCUUGACAUCGAACAACGCACGCCUGUUAGAGUACUGCAUCGACGUUCCAUGCAGGUUCGCCCGCGCAUGAUUCACUCAAUUCGACUCAUGCCGCUGAAUGCGCAUUGGUUUCUAAUGGACCUGGAGACCCAGGCGGGCACCUACGUGAAGGAAUUUGUUCACGGCGAUAUGGGAAGGACAAAGCCUCAUUUGGGGGCGCUGCUGAAUGGAAGAACAGAUAUCAUUCAGUUGGAUGUUUUGGGCAUGGAAAUGGAAGGGCUUGAAGCAACCAAACGAAUCGAUGACAACGGCGAUAAAAAAGAAUGA